UGCAGCAGGUUGCUCCUUUCAUGGCGUUUGAUGGCCUUGUUGUUCAUAUAGUGGAGAAGUGAAUUCUAACCUGUUUAUAAAAAUUCAAUAUCACAUAAUAUUAGUUUACUAAUGGCUGCAGAAACGGAUCGAACAAAACUAGAACAUAGAGCGAGGAAAAGAAUUCGUGAAGUCAAAAGAAAAGCCAGACCAGAAUUGAACAGUAAAGGAGCUUGGUCGCAAAUAGGAUACACGCACAACUUUGAACCUUUUAAAAUUGUGAAUGACAAUGUUGAGAGGAUAGAUGAGUCUAGUGUGACACCAGAAGAGUUCAUAGAAAAAUAUGAAAAACCAUACUUGCCGAUUGUGAUAAGGGGCUGCCAAGAGUCAUGGAAAGCCACGUACAAAUGGACUCUAGAGAGGUUAGGAAAGAAAUAUCGCAACCAAAAAUUCAAAUGUGGGGAAGACAAUCAAGGCUACAGUGUCAAGAUGAAGAUGAAAUAUUUUAUUGAUUAUAUGGCUGUGACGCAGGACGAUAGUCCUUUGUAUAUAUUUGACAGUAGUUUUGGAGAGCAUCCAAGACGAAAAAAGUUAUUGGAAGACUACACUGUGCCGCUGUACUUCAGAGAUGAUCUGUUCAAACAUGCAGGGGAGGAGAGGCGGCCACCAUACCGCUGGUUUGUGAUGGGACCAGCACGGUCGGGUACCGGUAUACAUAUAGACCCUCUAGGAACUAGUGCUUGGAACGCACUAAUAUCAGGCCACAAACGAUGGUGCUUGUUCCCCACUCACACGCCAAAAGAACUGAUCAAGGUGACAUCAGCUGAUGGAGGUAAGCAGAGAGAUGAAGCUAUCACCUGGUUCAAGGUCAUCUAUCCCCGCACGCAAUUGCCUUCCUGGCCCCAGGAUUGUAAACCGGUGGAGAUACUACAGGGUCCAGGAGAAACUGUGUUUGUACCUGGCGGCUGGUGGCACGUUGUGCUCAAUCUGGAUACUACGAUAGCUGUUACACAGAACUUCUGCAGUCGCACUAACUUCCUGGUCGUGUGGCACAAGACCCUGAGAGGCAGACCCAAGUUGUCACGCAAGUGGUACCGCCGUCUCAAGGUGAGGGAACCAGAACUGGCAUUGUUAGCAGACAGUGUAGAUCUGAACCAAGACACUGGUGUGGCCAGUGACAGUUCCAGUUGUUCAAGUUCCAGCUCCAGUGAUUCCAGUGACUCAAGCAUGUCGGACAGUGACUCGGACAGCGGUCAAGAAUCUCUUUCUGCGAAGAAAAAGCGACGGAAGAUGUCUUCCUCCCCCUCAAAGCUCAGACCAACAUAACAAACGCUUAGCUUAUCUGUGAUAUUGGAAGCUAAGCUAAGCUAGAAGAUGCCUCAGUCAAACCAAAGGUAGGACCAGUUACCGCUUACCCACUCUCGGAUCUGUCUGUACCUCCUGUCAGAGCAGGGUCACUGGAGCUUCUAAACUAUUAUAUAUAUAAUAUAUGUUUGUAAUUUUAUAUCAUAAACUGUUCUAAACACUUAACGUGUAUGUAAAGCUUUGUAUUGACUAUCCAAAGAUAUUAGUUAAUAUGAAUGUUACGAUCAAAUGAUUGCUCGGGUUCAAUUAAUGAUUAUUCAAUAUUGCAAAUAUCUGAAUUUAUAUUCUAUUUUAAAGCAAUUUUUUAAAAGUAUGUGCAAUGAUUAAUAAUUAAAUGCAAUUAUUUUAAUGGUCCACCUAUAAAUUUUGUGAUAGUAAUUUUCCUAUUUUUUUACAUUUGGGCAUUGCCAUUAUUGAAUAAAUAAGUUUUUCGGUUAAUAUGAGGCCUGAAGCAUCGUAUUUAUUUAUUUGUAGAUUAGUUUCUCUGGGCAUUCGGUAUUACUCUAUUAGUAUAAUUUAUUAUCCUAUGUAUUAUAGAGUGCAUAUUAUUAAGUUAGCAAUGUUUUACACUAGCAACAAUUAAACUUCUUAUUGUUAUAGAGCUUAAAUUAAUUAAGAGAUCAAUUAACAAUGUGUUAGAAGAGUGAUCAGAAUAGAUGAUAAUUGUAUACAUAAAUUCUAGUGAAUUGAUCACAAUGGAGUAAAGUUUGAUUUAAUAUUUGUUGUUCAAUUCUGUUUAUUACAUCUUUUCCAAAAUUGGUUUCCAGGCAUAAUUAAAAUUGAAAUUUUUAAGUAUGUAGGAUGAAAACUCCCUUUCUACCUUGAAAAUAUAAUAUUAAUUUUUAUAACAUAAAUUUACAAGUAUUGACUUAGUAUUAUUCUUCUUAAAAGACAUAGAAACUUUAUAAUUAUUACUAAUUUAAAUAAAAAAAAUGUUUAUUAUUAAAAACAAAAUAAACUUUUGCCCUAGUAUCUAGAGUUUUAUCAAAUGAUAUCAAUAUUUGUGACAAAUUAAAAAGAGCAGAUGUACCUAAAGACAACUGAAACAUCAUUUCCUACAAACUUAAAAGUAGUGCACUGUGUAAUUAUAAAUAUAACAGGUAUCUUCUGCUUGAAAUUACGAUUAUUUGCAACUGUUAUUCAGGAAUACCCUUGUAAUAAAUAGUAGGUCUAUGAUUACUAGACACUAUUAUGUAAUUACUUAAGACUGAUAUUUAUAGUACAUGACAGAUAUUUCUGGAUGAGCAAUUUUGGAACACUACUCAAUAACAAAUACAUCAAGCCACAAAGUAUUAAUUUGAAAUUAAUAAUAAUGCUACAUAAUAUUAGUCCUAAUGAUGGUGUUGAAAUCAUGUAUUUACUUUAAAUCAAACUUUCUCCUAAUUCAAUUUAAAAGUUGAAUAUAUUGUACUAGGAAAUAAUAUUAUUCUAGGUAAAUAAAUUAUUAUUGUGAGAAAUACUUUAUAUGAGAGUAUAUGUCUGAUUGAGUAUUACUUUAACUAUUGUAUUUAUACUAUGCAAUGUUAAGACUGUAGUGUUGAAUAUUUGUGAAGGUAUUUUUGUUCCUUCAAUUUUUACUACACAACGUUCAAGUUAGAACCAUACAUAGUUAGGAUCUUAAUACAAGUUUGUCUUGUUUCAUUAAAUUGAAAAAUUAAUCUGGAUUAUCUUUCACAAAAAAUUUAACAAUUUUAAAUCAUGAAAUGGUGUAAUGAGGAGGUUACUGUACUGAUCAAUACUAUUUUAGUUUUUACUGGUUUUUUUAUUUAAUGUAAAAGUUAUUCUCUGUACUUUCAUUUGUUGUUUCCCAAUGUAACACUGACAUAUUCA